AUGCUGUACGUGCGCCACCUGGGUUAUCGAGGCCGAUUCACCGAAGCGUUGGCGGACGGCGAACCGAAGGCGCUGGAACUGCGACGCCAGGUGCAGCGGGUGGAAGAUAUUGCGCUGGCUCGCGCCGACAUUUCCGCCGGGGCGGUGUUCAAGUUUUUCCCCUGCCGGUCCGACGGGCAAUGGCUGAUCAUAUACUCGCCAGACGGUUCCGAGGAGCUGGAGCGGUUCUAUUUCGGGCGGCAAGCGGAACGCGAGGGCUUGUGCCUGUCCGACUACGCGCGACCCGUAGGCGAUGGACCCGACGAUUACGUGGCAAUGUUUGUUACCACCGUGGGGCCGGGCGUGCGGCAGCUGUCGGAAAAAUGGAAGAGUGACGGCCGGUAUCUGGAUUCCCAUACCCUGCAGGCGCUGGCAAUUGAAUCGGCGGAGGGUUUUGCCGAACUGCUGCACAAACGCAUUCGCAACAUGUGGAACAUCGGCGAAGGGUCUGGCAUGAGGGUGGCCGAUGAAAACGAAAAACGAGAUUUGUUCCGGGCAAAGUAUCGCGGCAAACGGUUUUCCUUUGGCUACCCGGCGUGUCCCCGACUGGAAGACCAGGAGAAAUUGUUCGACCUGCUGGACGCAACGGCGAGCAUCGGUGUGGAGCUCACCGAUGGUUACAUGAUGGAUCCGGAGGGGUCGGUUUCAGCGCUGGUGUUUCACCAUCCAGAGGCGAAGUACUUCAACCUGGAUGAAGCUGACAUCGAGCGGCUGGAAGCUGAAAUCGAGCAGUUUGAGCGAAGUCGAUAG